UCCUGAUGUCAAUAUGCGGUGGUGGUAUCGUAGUCACCAGAAAGAUGUAAACGGAGAACGAGAUUAACAUCAUUCACAACAAGGAGAUAGGAAUCAUUCUAAUCACCAACGGUGUCCCUCUCGAAUUACCGCAGAGCUUGAAAACCAAGCCGGUCGCAUCCAAAUCGGAGCAGGAGUGGAGAGGUGGCGCGGACAGUAGACAUGAGGAGAAUGGACGGAGCGGUAUGGCGGCGGGCCUGCUGGGAUGCUGGCCGUAGCCUGAGUCUGACCAGCGGGCUGGUGGAGGUCGGUGGACGGGCCUCGAUGCUCCAAACACUGCUCUUUUUCUCCGUGUUCGGGCUGCUCUUUGGACUGCCCGCUAUCACCGAGGCGAAAGAAUGCGAUAAACCGUGUAUGAAUGGGCAAUGCAACACGGUAACGGGCCACUGUGUGUGCAGCCCCGGUUGGGUCGGGGACCAAUGCCAACACUGCGGAGGAAGGUUCAGGUUGACGGGCCCCUCAGGGUUCCUGACAGACGGACCAGGAAACUAUAAGUACAAGACCAAGUGUACCUGGCUCAUCGAGGGAACGCCCAACAGCAUCCUCAGACUGAGGUUGGACCACUUUGCUACAGAGUGUAGCUGGGACCACCUGUAUGUGUACGAUGGUGACUCAAUCUACACUCCUCUACUGGCUGCCUUCAGUGGGUUGAUAGUUCCUGAGCGCUACGGCAACGAGACGGUUCCGGAAGUGGUGUCACAGUCUGGUUACGCCCUCCUCCACUUCUUCAGCGACGCUGCUUAUAACCUGACCGGCUUCAACAUCUCAUAUAGGGUGAACACGUGCCCUAACAACUGUUCAGGCCGAGGGGAGUGUCGCGUUGGGAACUCAACAGGUGCUGUUUAUUGUGACUGUGAAUCCAAUUGGAAGGGCGAGGCCUGUGAUAUCCCGUACUGCCUGUCAGACUGUGGUUGGCCUGACAGGGGACACUGCCUUCAGGACACAAAGACAUGUCGAUGCCAACCUGGGUGGCAAGGUCCAGACUGUUCUGUGUCCGUCCCGGCCAACUCUUCAUUCUGGCAGCGAGAAGAAUACCCUGAGCCGGGGCUGGCCAGGGCUUCCCACAAGGCCGUAGUGGAUCAGGGGAUCAUGUGGGUUAUCGGGGGUUAUGUUUUCAACUCCUCAGACUACCAGAUGGUCAAAGCGUAUAACCUCAGCUCCCAGCGCUGGCUGUCUCUCAACCUCUCUGUCAACUCAGUCAUGGGACGAUACGGACACUCUCUGGCACUACAUGAAGGAAAGAUCUACAUGUACGGAGGGAAGAUAGACUCUACUGGCAACGUGACCAACCAGUUGUGGGCUUUCCACAUCCAGAACCAGACCUGGGCGUUCCUCUCCGCCCGAGCCCAGGAACAGUGGGCCGUGGUGGGACACUCUGCCCACGUAGUGCCCCCCCUGUUGAAGGGGGGUAGUCCAGUCAUGCUGGUGCUGUUCGGACACUGUCCUCUAUACGGGUACAUCAGCCAGGUGCAGGAGUACAACUUUGCUAGGAACACGUGGAGUGCAGUGGUUACGGAUGGAGCCCUGGUGCAGGGAGGGUACGGCCACAGCAGUGUGUUUGACUCCUCCUCCCGAGCCGUCUACAUCCACGGAGGGUACAAGGCAUUCAGCGCUAACAAGUACGGACUGUCCGGAGACCUGUACAAGUACGACGUGGACCGCAGCCGAUGGACGGUUCUAAAGGACAGCGGGUUCUUCCGGUACCUCCACACGGCGGUCAUCGUUAGUGGAACCAUGCUGGUGUUUGGAGGGAACACUCACAACGACACGUCCAUGAGCCACGGAGCCAAGUGCUUCUCCUCGGACUUCAUGGCUUAUGACCUGGCAUGUGAUGAGUGGUCAGUGCUUCCCAGACCAGACCUCCACCAUGAUGUCAACCGCUUCGGACACACAGCCAUCAUCAGCGACAGUGUAAUGUACGUUUUCGGGGGGUUCAGCAGUCUCCUGCUGAGUGACAUUCUGAUGUAUACGCCAGCCAGCUGCUCCAGCGCUCCAAACGCUGCCGUCUGUGCAGCAACCUUGCUGGGGGUUCACUGCCACUGGAAUGCUACCCUAGGGACUUGCCUGCCUUGGGACUCGAACCCCGGAUCACUGGAUGAGCAGACCGCUUCCUGUGGAACCAGAACAUAUGCUGACAACGAUCGUUGUGACCAGUACGCGGACUGCUACAGCUGCACAUCCAAUACUAACGGCUGCCAGUGGUGUGCUGUUCAGUGUCUCUCCGUGAGCUCCAACUGCACGGCCGUCACGGGGGCCAUAGUGGAGUAUGGUAUAUGCCCCAAAGACAACCCCUCAUACAUCUGCAACAAGAAGACCAGCUGUAAGAGCUGUGGUGUGGACCAGAACUGCCAGUGGGAACCCAGAAACCAGGAGUGCAUCGCUCUACCUGAGAAUAUAUGUGGUGAGAACUGGCACCUGGUAGGAAACUCGUGUCUGAAGUUCAUCACAGCCAAGGACUCGUACGACAACGCCAAGCUGACCUGUCGGGGUCACAACGCCGUCCUGGCCUCACUGACCAAUCAGAAGAUGGUGGACUUUGUCCUCAAGGAGCUGCAGAUCAUGAGCGUUCUGGUGAGCAAGUACAAGGCCUCGGUGACGCCGUGGGUGGGGCUGAGGAAGAUCAACGUCUCCUAUUGGUGCUGGGAAGACAUGUCACCCUUCACUAACACCUCCCUUCAGUGGUUGCCGGGGGAACCCAGCGACGCCGGUUUCUGUGGUUACCUAGCAGAACCGGCAUCCAGCGGCCUUAAGGCCCAGACCUGUAUCAACCCUGUUAACGGGAGUCUGUGUGAACGCGCAGCCAAUCACAGUGCCAAGCAGUGUCGGACGGCGUGUGCCAUGCGGGCUACGUGUACUGAGUGUACCAGCAGCAGCUCUGAGUGUAUGUGGUGCAGCAACAUGAAGCAGUGUGUGGACUCUAAUGCAUACGUAGCCUCCUUCCCCUUCGGACAGUGUAUGGAGUGGUACACUAUGAACAGCUGUCCACCUGAGAACUGUUCUGGGUACAGGACGUGUGGCCAGUGUAUGGAGCAGCCGGGCUGUGGCUGGUGCACAGACCCCAGUAAUACUGGGCGUGGCCAGUGCAUCGAGGGGUCCUAUAGGGGGCCGUUCCAGACUACUGUCCCCGCCCCCUCCACCCUGCCUGGCCCAGCCUCUAGUCUCGCGUCUCAGCCGGCUCUCAACAUCAGCAUGUGUCCUUACGACACCAAGUACAACUGGAGCUUCAUACUCUGUCCAGCGUGCCAGUGUAACGGCCACAGUCAGUGUGUUAACCACAGUGUAUGUGAGAAGUGUGAGGACCUGACAACAGGACGCCACUGUGAGAGCUGCAUCUCUGGUUACUAUGGAGACCCCACCAACGGGGGCAGCUGCCAACCGUGUAAGUGUAACGGCCAUGCCAGUGUGUGUAACCCUAAUAACGGGAAGUGUUUCUGCACCACCAAGGGCAUCAAAGGAGACCGCUGUCACCUGUGUGAGGUGGAGAACCGUUACCAAGGCAACCCUCUGAAAGGAACGUGUUACUACAACCUGCUGAUAGACUACCAGUUCACCUUCAGUCUGUCUCAGGAGGACGACCGAUACUACACCUCCAUCAACUUUGUAGCCACGCCCGAGGAGCAGAAUCGUGAUCUGGUUGUGUUCAUCAACGCCUCCAAGAACUUCAACCUCAACAUCACCUGGGCCGCCAGCUUCACAGUAGGGACCCAAACAGGUGAGGAGAUCCCCAUUGUCUCCAGGAGCAACAUCAAGGAGUUUAAAGACAGUUUCUCCAACGAGAACUUUGACUUCCGCAACAACCCAAACAUCACCUUCUUCGUCUAUGUCAGCAACUUCACCUGGCCCAUCAAGAUACAAAUUGCCUUCUCUCAGCACAGUAACUUCAUGGAUCUGGUGCAGUUCUUCGUCACGUUCUUCAGCUGUUUCCUGUCCCUCCUCCUGGUGGCGGCAGUCGUCUGGAAGAUCAAACAGAGCUGCUGGGCGUCACGGCGACGCGAGCAACUUCUCCGUGAGAUGCAGCAGAUGGCUAGCCGGCCGUUCGCCACCAUCAACGUUGCCUUGGAAACGGACGAGGAGCCGCCCGACCUGAUUGGUGGAAACGUCAAGACGGUCCCCAAGCCCAUCGCCCUGGAGCCCUGUUUUGGGAACAAGGCUGCUGUACUCUCCAUCUUUGUCCGUUUACCCAGAGGCACCGGGGGCAUCCCCCCGCCCGGUCAGUCUGGUCUAACGGUGGCCUCGGCCCUGGUGGACGUGUCUCAGCAGAUGUGUCUUGGUUACAAGGAGAAGUCAGGUGGUCUGAGAAACAGGAAGCAACAACCCUCCGCACAGCCUUCCACCUGUAUCUGACCACACCUUUCCCUGCUCCACCCUAACCCCUUCCCCUACCCCAGAGACUAUAACCCCCGAACUGAAGGAAGAGAAGGAGGGAGAAAAGGGGGAGAGGAAUGGAGGGAGUUAACAGGGGAGAGGGCAGGGGCACCUAUUGGACAGUCAUCCUCCUAAAAGGCUUCCCAACUGGCACCUGGUACAGCAUGCCACCUCGUCAGGAGAAGAGAGGAACCACGGCUUCGUCGCUGCUUGAGGAGAGGUCUAUCUGUCUGUCUGGUGUCCACCCGGGUUUAACUGGUGAUGCUAACAGUCUCCUGUUAGAAUUUCUCUUAGGGUCAGUUUUCCUUCUGUUUUCUUCUUCUGGUGAGACCACACUGCUGCUCUGGUUCUCCCCUUUCUAUGCCUCUCCUCCCCUCUCUUCCCCUCUCCUCUCCACUCCUCCCCUCUCCUCCCCUCUCUUCCCCUCUCUUCCCCACUCCACUCCUCCCCUCUC